UCUUGAAUAGAAGAGAAACUCAAGAAAACAAAGAUGAAAAUUGAAAGAAAACAGAGUGUAGUACUAGUACCAUACCCAUUCCAGGGGCAUUUAACACCAAUGUUGCAGCUUGGAAGUAUCCUUCAUUCACAAGGCUUUUCUGUUAUAAUUGCACACCCUGAAUACAAUACUCCUAAAUAUUCCAAUCAUCCUGAAUUCGUCUUCCAUUCUAUGGAUGACGGAUUAAAGGGAAUUGAAAUAUCAUUACCGAGUUUAGAGAACAUAUAUGAUUUGAAUGAGAACUGCAAGGCGCCCCUCAGAAACUACCUUGUUAAAAUGAUGAAAGAGGAAGGUGAUCAGCUCGCUUGUAUCAUUUAUGAUAAUGUCAUGAUUUUCGUAGAUGAUGUAGCCACUCAGUUAAGGCUUCCCAGCAUUGUCCUGCACACUUCCAGUGCUACAUAUUUGCACUCUAUGAUCACCAUUUUUCAGCAGCCAGAAAAAUAUUUUCCUUUUGAAGGUAUGAGAACAAACACAUUCUCUGCUUCAAGAUUUUAAUGAAAAAUCAUUUCGAUAACAAUAACUAUGCUUCAGUCACAAACAAGUUGAGGUCGGCUAUGUGAAUCUUCA